AUGAACUGGACUCUUUUGAGGGAAUCACUGCUUAAUAUUCUUUUGCGCUCAAGAAAAAUAAUCUACAAAGGCUUCAUACCAGACUGCUUGUUAGACAUUCAGGGGAUCUAUGAUCUAUCAGAAGAAUCUGAUACUCCUUUGGUAUUAGCAUUACCCAAACUUGAAAAAUCUACAUGCACUGUUCUGAAAAAACUUGUGUUCAUGAUCAUGGAGUUAGAUUUAUCACAGAGCAUGGCAGACCUGCAGGGUUUUACCACCAGGGUUGAUGGUGUAAGGACCCCGGUGGUGGACAUUAUUUUAGAGGAACUCAUUUACAACAACAAUAUCCUUUCGUCCCUUUUACAGGCGCUUUCUCUGUCUCUCCCCCUUUAUGCAUAUAUCACGCUCACGAAUAUGGUUUUCCCCUUUAAGCACAGUGAACUUGAAAUGAAAACCCAGAUCAUAUCAGUAGAUCUUGAUGGCAGUUUGUUUUCUUUUUCAUACGACAGCGGACAGCCUUUGGAGCAAGUAGAAGUGGAGUAUGUCCCAGCAAAGACAGAAUUAGAUGGUAACUUAGAUGAGGAAUUCAGAAAGGAUUUUGAGAAAUUCAGUUUUACAGUAAGUGCUGGUUCUAAGGAGAAUGAUAAAAAGGAUGAGACUGCACCUGAUGCAGCCUCAAAGGAGGAGGCCGACUCACUCUUUGCCAAGCCUGGUGAUCCACAAUAUGCUCCACCUGUCCAGGAGGCUGAGACUCAUGCUGAAGUGAACGUGAAGAUAAAAGCAUUCUGCCCUCCAAACGUGGUAGAAAAGAAUCCAUGCUUCGAGUACGUCAAGUACGUUAUUUUCCCAUGGUUUAAUGAGUUCAAAGUUGAACGAAAUUGA